AUGUUCAAACCGUUAGCUCUGAUUCUACUCUUGACAUUUAAAGGAGUGUUUUCAACAAAAUGCUCCUCAAAAUCUGGAUACCAUUUUUCGACAUCAGUGCUGUGGAACCAAAUGGAGAAAUUUGAUAUAGAUACCACGUGCCCGUGUGUUGCUAUGACAACCACUCUUCCUCAAUGUCAUAUCCACCAUCUUAUUAUUCGACUUAACCACGUUAUAACAAGUAUACAGAGGGCAUACAAAUCAUUUCAAUCGACCAUAGCAUCCCCGCACCCUUCUCCUUGUACCAACAUAGAACGCCACCACUCUGCAGUCCCCAGACGCCAUCCGGAGUUGACCGGAAUCCUGCUAGAAUCCUAUGAAACAAUUUCAAAAGUGACACUUGAAAUCGCCAUUGUUCAACAUCACGACAACUCCAGAGUUCGAGACUUGCCUACAACAGACCUGGGGAGUGUCUUAUGCUAUAUGAAGCGGCUGUUGUUGACCACAGACAUUCGUCCGUCAGUUACUGCUCACACAGUGACCCUUGAGCCCAAGAAUAUUGAACAGAUGGUCCCUUACACGUGCCAGACACUCAAAACUGCCUUCCAUGUUUUAAGACAAGUCAAGUCCGACAUUCUGGAAACGUUUUACAGUCGUUUUAGAUGAAUAUUUAAAUCUUUUUCAAAUGAAGUUAAUACGUUAUGAAGUACUAAGACAAUAUAAUCAAUUUUAAGGUGAUAACUUUAUAUUACUUUGAUAUUAAUGAUUGAGAAUGCAAAUUUUUCUUUUCAAAUUUAGUUAA